GAGAGUCGAUCAGUGUUUAGGUUUACUUUGUCGAAGCAGUAUCGCCGCCGCUGUUUAUCGCUGCCAUCCGUAGAAAAGCAUUUGUGAACUUUUGUUUAUCUUCUUGUUUCUCGGUGUAGAUCAUGUGUUAAGGGCGAUAAACAUAUAAUAGCAAGCGGUUAGAGUUGAAAAAUCGUGCAACUUAAAGUAGACCAACCAUUUGUACAAAAGGCAAAUAAAACAUCUCUCCUAACCAAAACAACUGCAUCGACUUACCAUGAAGAAACAAUUUAUUUUUCCGUUGGUCGUAUUAGCCAUCACAUUAAAAUCGUGCGUUUCUAAUCCCUUAUCGAAAUCAAAUUCAAUAGAAUUUCUAAUAUUACACAACAAUGAUAUGCACGCUCGUUUUGAACAGACCAGUGUCAGCGGAGGAAAAUGUUCGCAAGAGGCUGAGAAUACCAACAAAUGUUAUGGUGGCUUUUCCAGGACUGCCCACGAAAUCCGAAAAUUCAGAAAAGAAGCAAAAUCAGGUGGACUAGAAGUACUUUAUUUAAACGCUGGAGACACCUACACUGGGACUCCAUGGUUUACUAUAUUCAAGGACAAUAUUACAACAACAUUUUUGAAUAAACUCUCACCAGAUGCGAUUUCUUUGGGAAAUCACGAAUUCGAUGAAGGGGUUUCUGGAUUGAUUCCAUUUUUAUAUAAAGCCAAAUUUCCUAUAUUAGCAGCAAAUUUGGAUUUAUCAAAGGAACCAGAAAUGCUGAAAGCGAAAAUGCUAAUGAAAUCUACAAUUCUAGAAGUGUCGGGAGUCAAAGUAGGUGUCAUUGGUUAUGUUACACCUGAAACAAAAUUUCUAACUCUAAACAACAAUGUGGAGUUCAAAGACGAAAUAAAAAGUAUUAAUGAAGAAGCAGCAAACUUGAAAUCUCAGGGCAUCAAAAUUAUUAUAGCACUUGGUCAUUCUGGCUACCAAAAGGACCAGGAAAUUGCUGCAAAAUGUCAUGAAGUCGAUAUUGUUAUUGGGGGGCAUACCAAUACAUUUUUAUACAACGGUAAUCAACCAGAUUACGAAAGACCUGAAGGACCAUACCCGCAAGUUGUAACCCAAUCUAGUGGGAAAAAAGUUCCAGUUGUACAGGCUUACGCUUACACCAAGUAUCUUGGAAAAUUACAUGUUCAGUUUGACAAGAACGGAGAUCUUCUCAAGUUUGAUGGGCAACCCAUUCUCUUAAAUGCCGAAAUUCCAAGAGAUUCUGAUAUUCUUGACUUGCUCAAUCUUUACCGGCCAAAUAUAACAGCUCUUGAAAACGAUAUAAUUGGUUACACAAAAGUUCGACUUGAAGGACGCGCUUCAGUAUGCCGAGUUGCAGAAUGUAAUCUUGGAAAUCUUAUAGCUGAUAGUAUGGUAUAUGCCAGAACCAUUCAGGAUGAAGGUGGAAAGUUUUGGUCUGAUGCCGCCAUCGGUUUUGUUCAGGGUGGAGGUAUCCGCAGUUCGAUUGAGAAACGAUCUGAUGGAUCAAUAACCGAGAAUGAUGUUCUUACAGCCUUACCUUUUAAAAAUGAUGUUUACAUGACUAAAGUAUCCGGUAGUACUAUACGUAACGCUCUAGAACACUCAGCUGAGGUAUUCGACAAAGAUUCAAAUGGAGGUUUUCUCCAAGUUUCGGGUAUUCGCGUGGUUUAUAAUAUAUCAAAUCCGAUUGGAAAGCGUGUCCAGAGCGUAGAAGUUCUUUGUUCAGAAUGCGAAGUUCCUAGUUACUCUGAUUUAGAUGAUGGUAAAAUGUAUAACAUAAUAAUAAGUAAAUUUUUAUUGGACGGUGGUGAUGGGCACAAAUUGAAUGAAAAUAAUGGUUCAAAUCAGAGACUGCCAUUUGUUGAUAGUAAAACUUUAUCAGAAUAUGUUAAGGCCCGUAAAAUAAUUUAUCCGGGAAUCGAGGGUCGGAUAACAUGGGUCGGUCAUAACUCGGGCUUUAGUUUAAAGGGAUCUCUAUUUACAAUAAUGUUAGCAUUUGUGUUAAGACAGUUAAUUAACUAAUUAACUUAGAAUGUGGUUAUUUAAUAUUCUGAGUAUCUACAUAACAUCUUUGUUUUAUAGAUAGAUUUUAUGUGUUAAAUGUUAAUUAUUAUUGAGUAAAACUUCUUUUUUUUUUAAACACUAAACGAAUCAUUGUAAAGAUGAAAUUUAUACGUACGUAUCGAAAGAUUCGAGGUUACGGUUUUAACUAAUUGUAAAUUAUUGCUUUAAUUUUUUUUAUAAUCACUGUAUUAUUUAAUAAUAAAGGAUAUUAACAUCUAAGAACAAAUCUUUAAAAAGGAAUGUAUGUACUUGUAUGACCAGAAAUGUAGAAAAAGUGGGAACAUUAUUUAUUGGGGAUUAAGAUCUUACAUAAUAAUGUAUGAUAAAAGGACUUUUAUUGGCCACGUCCUACUAUACUCUAAUAAAAUUUGAAUCCCUACUUUUUUCAGCGUUCCAUCAUAAUUUCUCGACUUCUUCAGGGGUAGUUUUAAAAAAUAAGAGGAAAUUUAGUUUUAACAAUAUUAACUUUGUUAAAUUACAGUUAAAUUUACAUAACAAAAAACAAUUAUAUUGAACAAAAUAUAAUUGAUAAUUUAAACUUGAAAUUCAAA